GCCAGGGUGGGCAUCGAGCAUUCGCCCAGGGAAAAGGGCAGGUCCCCGUAACACCCAACACACACACACACACACACACACGGGAUAGUCAUCCCGGCGCAAUCCAUCGCACACUCAGACACUGUGUGGUCUUCCAUACACACACUUCAUUGGUGGCACAGUGCUGGCACACUGCAGGACACUGGUUACUGAACGAGUAACAGACGACACCCUCCCAAACUCGCCCGCACGCUCUACAGACCUGAAGAUGGACCCGCUGGUCUGGACCUUGUUUCUCCUGAGUGUCUGCUUGUGUACCGUCUCCUCAGACUCAUCUGUGAUUCCCAAUGGCCCCGUGACCCAGACUGAGACAGCCAACAGGACCACUUCAGUCAGCACACCUUCACCUUCCACCACAGGUGGACAUCAGACUGAGACCUCAACAUCAGUCCCAGAAGACGAUUGGACAGCAACUCCAGUGGUUCCAGUGACUGUGACAUCCCAAACCACUCCUCCUUCUCAGAAUGAAUCUACAGCAACGCCCACAACCUCAGCGAUGGAUGCCAAGUCCUCUACAUCCCCGCCCACAACCAUCCCAGGUAGACAUUUUCUGACUGAGACCUCAACAUCUGUCCCAGAAGACAAGAGGACAACAACUCCAGGAAACACCAGACGCACAGAAAUGACAUCAUCCCCUCCAGCCGGCACGAGCGCCCGCGGGGUUACCAUGGGGACAACAGCAGCUGCACGAUUACCCACAACGCCAGGAACUUCCUCUACACGUCCCACCGGCCCUGAAGUGUCCGUAUCCCCCACGCCCACACCAGGAAACAGCCUGACCAAGCUUGCCUUCGGGGUGAUGAGUUUUAUUCUCAUCCUGAUCAUCGUCAUGGUGGCGUUAGUCACGGCGAUUCACCUGAGAGGCCGAUGCAACAGCACGAAGGAAGAAGGUAAAAAGAGUGGGGAUUCGGUGGUGUCUGAAAGCCAGGUGACAUCGAUCGGAGAGAAAGAAAGCAUAACUCUGGUCUCUGUGAAAACAAUAAACACAGAAACGGACACAGAUUCCCCUCAGAUCUCUUCCGUCCACAGCACCACAUUGGACAGCGAGGAGCAGGAGCUGCGCAGAGAUCUGCUCAACACUAAGCAGGUGUGAAAGCCAUUUUGUAAAAAAGAAAUACACAGAUGUUGAAGCUGCAACAAGGGAAGUAAUGAACUGUGAUCUUUUGUAUCAGACUUUUGCUUCCUGGAAAAAACUUUUUUUUUUCCAACUUUUUUUUGCCAUUUCCUAUGCUAAUGUGUGUAAAACAGCAGGGCUGUUUAUGUGUGUGUGUGUGUGUGUGUGUGUGUGUGUGUGUGUGUGUGUGUGUGUGUGUGCACGUGCUCGCACCUGUAUGCAUGUGUGUGCUCCUUUUUUCACAGGAAAAUAAAUGAUGUUCUUGAGUGCUGUUAUGCUGUUAUACAAUUGUAAGCAUAAUGUUGGCUAAAAGUUCACUGCUGUUGAACUCAAGUGUGUCUUUUGAAUGACAAUGUACAUCAAUGUCUAAUACUGUGUGUUCAUGAACUCACCCAGCUGAUUUUAAUAAUUAAUUCUACCUCCUGGCUGAAGAAUUGCACUAAUGAACAAAUCCAAGUGACUGGAACAAAAUACUGGUGAGGACUUUUAGUUUCUGAACCUGGAUGUUGUACCUUUCGUUCUGACACUUCAUAGAGAAGCUCUUCUUGCCAUGGGGACCCUCUUGCUCAGAGAAUCCAGCUGCAUCAAAGAGACGAUCUGGACUCUAACUUUGCUUUAGGAUGACAUGCAUUUCUUUUCUUCAAGUUGUUACAUGAAUAAUUUAUGUAAAAUGUGAUUUUAACUUAUACUUAAAACUGUUAUUUCUCUGUUUGAAAAUACAUAAGGCAUUGAAUAAGAAACCUACUCAGAAUCAAACUCAAAUCCGUUAUGUUUAAUUUUUUUUACGUUUGUCAUUUCAAAUAAAAAAUAUCUUUCCUUGA